GCAGCAGCAGGCAUGGUGGUGGCGUGAGGCUAGCUAUCAUUUCACUCGCUUUCAUAAUCAUAACUCUUUGCAUCUGCAUCAGAGGUAGCAAUGGUCUCUCUUGAAGACUAUCAGUUUAUGCAGUCACUGAAAGGAAGACGAGUUAAACUGAAGACGAGGGAUGAAGCAUUCAUCGGUGUUAUUCAGCGUAUCGUGGACAAAGCAAUUGUGUUGGAGAAUGUUCGGGCGUCCAAAACUGAUAGAGAGCACCCGGUAUUACAGUUUACCGGACGUGAAAUCGUGGGUGUGGAGUUUUUACGUGUCACGGAUGACAGGAGUGGGAUCAAUGAUGCCAUCACAGAGGGGCAAUUGAAAAUUGACGAAUAUCAGCCCUACAGGCGGGACAUAUUUCCAGAUGAUGAUGAUGAUGACGAGGAAGAAGCCGUCAACUAUAUUGUCAUUAACGAGCUGAAUCAGAACUUCCUCCCUGCGAUAAUGGAGCUUCAGAAGGCACGAGUGGUCGGGGUGGCAGCUGAGGGGAUAGGAGGGAUACAACUGGAACGACUCUGCUGGCUCUCGAUUGCCAAGAAGGGCAAGGUGUUCCUCUUUGACAUCUUGUCUCUCGGAUCUCUUGCCUUCAAGAAUGGCUUGACCAAGAUCCUCUCCAGCAAACGCAUCCUGAAGGUUGCACAUGAUGGACGCAGACUUGGCUCCUCUCUAAUGGCCCUUUAUGGAGUCAAGCUCAUGUCUGUUUUUGACACACAGGUGGCAGAUUUCCUGUUGUUCUACCAGAGUACAGGAGGCCUCCUGCCCGAUCGGGUCUGCACCCUACAGGAGGUGGUCAACCUCCACCUGGGCCUACCUAACGCUCACCAGACCUCACUCAACUUCAAGUCCAAACUCUCCAAGGAGGACCGUGAGGUGUGGUACAUCCGUCCGUGUCCCGGGCCCCUGCUGAAGCUGAUGGCCCUGUCUGUGAUCCACCUGCUGCCCCUGAAGGAGGUGAUGCUGGACGCCCUGAUGGCCGACUUCACCGGCCUGGUGGACGCCUACCUGGAGAGCGUCAUGUUCGAGGCCGUGCAGACCGCCGACAUCGGACAGCAGAGUGGUCUGGAGCUGUCGGAGGUGCUGUGUGAUGUGACUCAGCAGCAGGAGGAGCGGCGUGCGUGGGCCAUGGACUACUACCCCUCCACCUCCGAGGGACGCCUGCUGCGCUUCGUAUCCCGCUCAGACUCCGACCCGGAACCCGACUCAGAUGGCCCGCUCACAGCACCAGCACCAGCACCAGCACCGCCUCCGCCGUCCAACGACUCUCAGAGCGGCGGCACGGACUUCCACCCAGAACCCCCUGCUGCUAACAUACCCCAGGACUCAGCAGCGCCACCCUCUGGUGCUCCUGCUCCUGCCCCUCCACCUCUGGCCACAGAGCCAGAGCACCCAGCGCAGCCACCCCCUGGUGCCCCCACUCCUACGCCCACCUCCUAUCCCACACUUAGUCUUACGCCCACUCUUUUCAGCACACCUGUGUAUAUGCCCACAGUUGUCAGCACACCUGCGAAUACGCCCACUGUUGUCAAUACUCCAAUGCAUACGCCCGCUGUUGUCGGUACACCUGCUCCCACCGCUUACACGGCACCGACGUCUUAUAUGCCCAGUGUCCACGCGCCAACACCCCCUGCUCAGGUGCCCGCUGCGGAGGCACCGCCUGCCUAUGCAACACCUACUGGCUCAAUACCUGCUCAGCCUAUACCUGCACCUGCUCAGCUUGUACCUGCACCUGUGUCUACCAUUUCUACACCAUCUAGCCAUCUACUGGACGCUCAUACCCCCGUGCCUGAUACACCCACUUAUCAUACCUACCAGGUACCCACACCAGGUCAAGCAUCCUCCAUUCAAACAGCAGCUGGUGACCACCUGCCCACCACUCAAAUGCCCGUGGCUUACAUGCCCCCAGCGUACGCGGCCACUCCUAUGGCACCUGCUAAUACACCACCAACGGUGUAUGCACCCGCUCUUAUGCCAACUGCUCAUGCACCCACUGUGGAUAUGUUGUCUCCCUAUGCAACACCACCUCCACACCCAGCGCCAACCUCACUGGCGUCCACUCCUCAAAUGCCAACGUCUCUGGCGUCCACUCCUCAAAUGCCAACGUCUCAAGCUUCCACUCCUCAAAUGCCAAUCUCACUGGCGUCCAUGUCUCAAAUGCCAACCUCACUGGCAUACACUCCUCAAAUGCCAACCUCACUGGCAUACACUUCUCAAAUGCCAACUUCACUGCCGUCCACGUCUCAAAUGCCAACGUCUCUGGCGUCCAUGUCUCAAAUGCCAACGUCUCUGGCGUCCAUGUCUCAAAUGCCAACGUCUCUAGCGUCCUCUCCUCAAAUGCCCACCACACUGGCGUCCACUCAUCAAAUGCCAACGUCUCUGGCUUCCAUGCCUCAAAUGCCAACGUCUCUGGCUUCCAUGUCUCAAAUGCCAACCUCACUGGCACCCACUUUACUUAUGACCAGUGGUGACGCACCACCUAGCUAUGCAGCACCUACCCAGGCAAGACCUGCGUACAUGUCUCCGGUUCCUGCGAUGCCUGCCACUAUGCCCACUCCUCAAAUGCCAACUGCUCUACCGCCGACCUCUUAUGUACAAACCGCUCUGCCAACACACGCUGUCCAUAUGCCACCCACUGCGGAUGCCACGUGUACCUAUGGCACUCCAAUUCAGCCUACACCUCAUACCCCCACAUCUCAUGUACCCGCUCCAUUUAUGCCCACCACUCAUACGCCCACUCCUCAAAUGCAGACCGCCUUUACGCCCAAUUUCCAAGUGGCCACUGGCGAUGCAGCACCUACUCAGGCAAGACCUGCUCCCCUCCCUGCACUGCCCUCCAUGUCUCCCCUCCCUGCACUGCCAGGUGAUGUGCCCACCACUCACGUAUCCUCUCCUCACAUGCCAACCUCUCAAACACCCACCUAUGCCACUCCUGUUCAGCCAACACCUACAGCGAUAUCCACCAUCCAUGCCAUCCCGCCUGCCAGUGUUGUACCCACAGCUUAUACGGCCACUGGCACUGUUCAUCAUGGGUCAACACCCACACAUGCUGCAAUGCCCGCUCCUCCGGUGCCAGCUUCUCGUGUGCUCACCGUCGACACGGCUAUGCUAUACGGCUAUGCACCACCUACUCUGAUGUCUCCGGUCCCUGCACCUCAGGGUGCUGUACCGGCCACACCUCAUACACCUGCAGCUUACACACCAACCGCUCAGAUUCCUGCCAGUCUUGCACCGACCCUCCAGAGGCCCACUGCCUAUGCAACACCUGCUCUGGCAUCUCCCGUAGCCCAUACACCCAGUCCUCAGGUGCCAACCCCUCUCACGCACUCGCCCUGUGGGCCCACUGGUGACAUGCCUCCUAUCCAUGCCACACUUGCCCAGGCGUCUACUAUGUAUACGACACCUGGAAACAUGCCCAUGGCUCACACACCCACAUCACAUACGCCUGGUGCUCUUAUGCCAACCGCACUUACAGCCUCUUCCUAUAUGCCAACUGCUCUUACACCCUCCUCCCCUGUGCCAGCCACUCUUACACCCUCCUCCCCUGUGCCAGCCACUCUUACACCCUCUUCCCCUGUGCCAGCCACUCUUACACCCUCUUCCCAUAUGCCAGCCACUCUUACACCCUCUUCCCAUAUGCCAACAGCUCUUACAGCAUCUUCCCAUAUGCCAACAGCUCUUACACCCUCUUCUCAUACGCCCUCUACUCCUGCAACACCUGCUCAUGCAGUGGCUGCUCAUCAGACCCCUACACCUCUCACUGCCCCUACCCAUGCCCAUGCCCCUGCCCCAGCCCCUGCUGUACCAGUCAGUGCUGUACCAGGGAGCCAGAGUGUGCCCUCUCCAUAUGCCACCUACAGCAGCUUAUUAGCGACCCACCAGGCAAAUAACGCGCCAGCUGCCGCCAGUCCCCUUCUUCAGACGGCACCACCCUCUUCCUCCUCCAGCCCAGCUCAGGUGACUUGCUCUCCAGCCUUUGCCCAGUCCGUCCUCUCCAUGAUGCCUAGGGCCCUUGCCACCGCCAACCCCAAAAACGGAGUGGCAGCGUCCAACAGAGUUCCUAUGAAAGUGGCGCCCCAAACGGCCAUACCGCCUACGCCCCAGACGGAGGGCUCCGAGAGUCUCUUUUCGCCCGGCCGCCUCUUCGAAGUCGUCAUGGGCACCAUGGCCCAAUCAGCGGCUCCAGCUGUUGUUGCCGAGUGCGCUGGCCAGCCCAGCUCUGCAGGCUCCGCCUCCAUCUUGGCUCCGGGCAGCGGUGGCCAGCCGCAGCAACAGCCGCAGAGUGAAGCGAUGACGACUAAAGCGCAGAAGCAGCAGCAUCACCACGGGGUGGCGGCAUGGCUCUACCCCUCCGCCAAAGCUAAGGGGGCGAAGGGCACCGGCGCGCUGCCCGCUGGCCCGAGGGGUGACACCUCUAUGUUGCCCAUGGCCGCCAUGGCAGGGGUCGCCCAGCAGGUUGGAAGUGGUGCACCUGCCCCUGUCACCUCUGCUCCUACCACCCCUGCCCCGGCGGUUCCUGCCCCUGCCCCUGCCCCUGCUCCUGCCCCUACCACUAAAGCCUCCCCCAGUAGCGGCCUCUACCCCUCUCCCCUCAGCAUGUCUUUCAGCUCCUUCAGAAACGAACUUUAAGUAAGCGAACAGAGCAAAAAAAGAAAGGAAAAAAACAGGCACUUAUUAAUUUUUGAGUGUUUUUCUCUUUUAGUUAAUGUGCCUGGCCUUAGUUCUGUGCUUUUGCUUCUUGUUUGAGUGGUGUUUGUUUUUUUUAGAUUUCCGAGUGUUUGAUCCAUUGGUGAAUUGGCCUCUGGUUUGGCCAGAUUGUUUACUUUAGAUGACUUUCAAUCUUUAAUGCAGAUAAGUUAUGUAAAAUUAUUACAUUAUGGUUAUAUGUAAAAUUAUUAUAUUAUGGUUACAUUUUAUUUUGGUUACAUUACAUUAUGGUUAUAUGUAAAAUUAUUACACUAUGGUUAUAUGUAAAAUUAUUAUACUAUGGUUAUAUGUAAAAUUAUUGCAUUAUUGUUACAUUACAUUAUUUUGGUUACAUUACAUUAUAUUUAUAUUUAUAUAUUUUUAUUAUGCAUUAUGGUUACAUUAUUACAUUUCAAAUGUCCUGGUGCACUAUUUACCUUAGGCCUAGACAACACAUUGUAAAAUAAAGCUGAAAUGUUAAGUAAAACAGCUGAAAUUUGAAGCUUAAAGGUUUUGUUUUGUUGGUGUGUUUUCCUUAACAUGCCUCAGUUGUGUGAAUUUGUCAGUGUGAGCGUGUAAUGAAUAAAAUUAUUUACCUGAUAUAA